AUGUAUCAACGAGCUUUGCUAUCACUAAUUUGGCUUUUCCUAAUUCUGUUGCACCAUUCCGUAACAGUAACCGACGAGGUUAUUGUUCCGAACAAUCCGAUCAAAUCACUUUGGAAAAUUUCAAAACAAAAAAAAAGAUUUGUUAUUGAUGAAUAUGCAAAUACCGAAAUAGAUCCGGAAGCAAAAAAUUUAUCCGGUCAAGAACUUAUCGAUUACGUUAACUCACAUCAAAAAUUAUGGAAGGCCGGAGUAAAUAAAUUUAAUUCAUAUAGCGAUCAUGUAAAAUACGGUUUACUCGGUGUAAAUAAUAUGAAACAAUCGAUGAAUGAUCAAAAUAAUCUGCCACCAAUUCAGCAUUCUGUUUCCUACAUUCCGGAAUCAUUCGAUGCUCGUAAAAAUUGGCCGGAAUGUGCAUCGCUUAAAAAUAUCCGCGAUCAAUCUUCUUGCGGAUCAUGCUGGGCAAUAGCUGCUGUAGAAGCGAUGUCAGAUCGAAUUUGCAUUAUGUCAAAGGGAAAAUUACAAGUGACACUUUCAGCAGAUGAUCUUAUUAGCUGUUGCAAAAUUUGUGGUUUUGGAUGUUAUGGUGGUGAACCGAUGGCAGCAUGGAAAUAUUGGAUUUCAAGUGGUAUUGUUACGGGAAGUAACUAUACAAAUCAUGCCGGUUGUCGACCUUAUCCAUUCCCACCUUGUGAACAUCACAAUAAUAAAACACACUAUGAACCAUGUAAACAUGACCUUUAUCCAACACCGAAAUGUGAUCGAAAAUGUGAUAAAAAUUACAAAAAAUCAUAUAAAGCUGAUAAAUAUUAUGGAAAACAGGCUUAUCAUGUUGAAAACGACGUGGAAUCAAUUCAGAAGGAAAUUAUGACGUUGGGCCCGGUUGAAGCCUCAUUUGAAGUAUACAGUGAUUUUCUACAGUAUACUGGCGGAAUUUACAAGCAUGUAGCGGGAUCUAUGGGUGGUGGACAUGCUGUAAAAUUGCUUGGUUGGGGUAUCGAUCAAGGAGUACCAUAUUGGUUAGCAGCUAAUUCAUGGAACACCGAUUGGGGAGAAAAUGAUGCUGAAACAAAAGACGCUCCUAAUACACCUGUGCAGGGUGGAGUAGCUGGAACCUUUGAUCCAAACUAUCAGACUAUGGCCGGAUUAGGAAAUGAUGUUUUUGGUGGUGACAAAGGAGGAGCAGGUGGUGCAUCACCUGCUGCUACACCAAAAGCUCCAGCUAAAGGUGGCAUUGCCGGAACCUAUGAUCCAAAUUAUCAAACAAUGGCUGGUCUUGGCAAUGAUGUCUUCGGAGAUAAAGGUGGUGGUGGUGGUUUUCCACCGGGUGGUGCAGGUGUAGGAGGUGCAAGAGCACCUCAAGCUCCGCAGCAAGGUGGUAUAGCUGGAACAUUUGAUCCGAACUAUCAAACACUUGCCGGAGUGGGUAACGAUGUCUUCGAUAAGAAAUAA